GUGUUCCCCACCACAUACGUUGAACAUGUCGAAAGACGCAGCGGAUUUACGACACAGAAAACAGGGCUCUUCAGACGACGCAAAUGUCGCGGGACCUGCAAAGGACGGCGAGAAGGUUUUGUCAGGAGGCCCGACUACCCAGCAGCCAGCGGGAAACCCUGGCUUCAAGAAGCUCAUUACGUUUGUUCUGACGGCGCUAUUGUUCGGGUUGUACAAGUUGUCUGGUUCGCUCAUUCCCCCAAAGACGCCCCCACUCCAUGGCACUAGUUUUGGUACUCCUGAAAUAAAGGCGGAUGAGGCCAAACGUGAUGCAGUUGUUGAGGCGUUCAAGCACGCAUGGUUAGCAUAUGAACGCGAUGCGAUUGGCGACGACGAAUACCACCCCUUCUCCAAGACCGGGAGCAACCUCACCGAAGCUGGCGGAAUUGGCUACACCGUCGUGGACUCCAUCGACACCAUGCUCAUUAUGGGCCUCACGGAGGAGUACGAGCGCGCACGUACGUGGGUCGUAGAGAAGAUGUCGUUCGAACGCGACGCCGAGUUCAGCACGUUUGAGACGACCAUCCGCGUGCUCGGCGGCCUCCUCUCGGCGUACCAUCUUUCCGGCGGAGACAACAUAUACCUCGAAAAAGCCAGGGACCUCGGCGACCGCAUGCUGCCUGUGUUCGAUACCCAGACGGGGCUGCCGCUCAGCAAGAUCAACCUCGCGCAGCGCAAGGGCGUCGAGGACAGGGACAACCGUGGGCUCGUGAGCACAGCGGAGGCGGCGACGCUGCAGCUCGAGUUCCGAUACCUCUCACACCUCACGGACGAGGAUGUGUACUGGGAGAAGGCGGAGAAGGUUAUGGCUGUCAUGAAGAACGCGCGCUUGCCGCAUGGCCUCGUCCCUAUAUUCAUCAGUGCGAGCCACGGCCAAUUCCUGUCGACGUCCAUCCGGUUAGGGUCUCGUGGCGAUUCGUACUAUGAAUAUCUGCUCAAGCAGUAUCUGCAGACAGACCAAACCGAAGAUGUAUAUCGCGACAUGUAUGAUGAUGCCAUGAAUGGCGUGCACGAACACCUCGUUCUCAAAAGCCAAAAAGCCGGACUCACGUACAUCGCCGAACUUAAUCCCCAGCGAACCCCGGGAGGCGAAGUUAAAUGGCAGCUCGAACCCAAGCAGGACCAUCUGGUCUGCUUCUUCGGCGGCUCACUCAUGCUGGGCGCGACGACGUCAGGUGCACUGGUGCAGCCCGUUUCCAUCCCGCCUCGAGCAGAGGAACUCUCCGAGCAGGGAAAGCGGGACUGGGAGACGGGCGUCGAGCUCAUCAAGACGUGUAUGGCUACGCAUGAGACCGCAACAGGGCUUUCCCCGGAAAUCGCGUUCUUCCGUAUCCCCGGAGACCUAAUUGACCUGGAGAUUAACGGGCAGCCUGCCGAGGACUGGUAUAUCAAACAGUCAAGAGCUGGUGCUCCCCCUCUCCUCGAUGAACGGUAUAUUCUGAGACCAGAAACCGUCGAGUCGCUAUUCAUCGCGUAUCGUCUGACCGGUGACCCCGUCUACCGCCAAUACGGCUGGUCAAUCUUCGAGGCCAUCGAAAAGCACUGUCGCGUGUCGAGCGGUGGAUACGCCUCUGUUCUGGAUGUGGAUCAACUGCCCGUCGAGCACGAAGAUAAGAUGGAGACGUUCUUGAUGAGCGAGACCCUCAAAUACCUGUACCUGUUGUUCGCCGACGCCAGCGAGAUACCUCUGAACGAGUAUGUUUUCAACACCGAGGCCCACCCUUUGCCCGUAUUCACCCCUACAAUUCGCACCGGAUUCUCAUGAGCACCGGGUUUGACUCCGCAUACAUGUUCACUCUUUGCUGUUCCAUCCACCGCCAUGUAGCAUAUAGAUUCAAUGGUUAUCUAAAUAUUCGACCUGUCGUCGGUUCCGCUGGCUAGCCUCCACACAGUCCAGGAAUAUGUACACGGUAUACUGUAAGGCUGAGUCAUAAACAAAAACGAUAACUAAUGGGUCAAACAAUCCCUAUUAAAACGGUUCGUGAAGUAGAUGCAAGUCAUAUAUACUCCAAUAAUUCUACUCGAGCAGGCUGAAGUGAACCAUAGUCACAAAACUGCGGAAUUUAACGGGCGGCAAUCUGGGCAUAAGAUGGAGGAGCCGGCUUGUCCUCAAAGUCGAUGUACUCCCAAGGCUCGUUGAAUUCAACGUCGGGGGCGAUGUCUUCGAGAGGAAUGACAGAGGGUAGAGAGGGGAGCACUUCGAACUGGGCAUUCUUCCGGUGGGGCUUACGACCGAAAGGGGAGACAAGGUCAACCAGUGAAACCUCGCGGCUCCGGGAAGUGAGCUGGGACUGGUCCCCCUCUUCCUCAGUCUCCUCUCCAGAGGAAAUGUGGUUGUCGUCGGACAGAGCGUCGUCCCAGUCGUCCGGGCCUGCGACGCCGCGGGGUAAGUUGGGUAUCCGCUUGGGGAGCGGGACGCCGGCCUUGACGAGGGACUUGUUCAGCGCCUUGCGCUGCUUGCGCUCGCGGAGCUGCUCGAGCUCGACGGCGGACUUGGCGCGGUGCUGGCUGACGCGCUGUUCGUGCCGCUCCUUCAUCGUGACGUCGGCGGCCUUGCGCGAGGUCCAACGAGACGGAGCGGUGGUGGUAGUGAUGUUGGGGUUGGUAGCAGAGGGCAUAGCGAUGUGCUGCUGCGAGCGGGGGUGUAUAAGUAAGAGAGGAGGAGGCGGUUGC